AUGGAUAAUUUUACUAUACAAGUUAUUGAUGGAAUUGAGAUGAUUUAUGAAGAGGAUCUUGAAUGUCUUAAGCGUUUGGAAAGCUUUGAAAGUGUUGGAACUGUUGAUAGCUUGACCUCAGAUGAAGAAUCCGAUGCUGAAUAUGAUUCGGCA